AUCAUCGAGUAAGCUCAAAAAGGAUCAGUCUCGUUUCGUCCAAGCACAAAAUGCGCGCUUUCGUGGUACUCGCCUGUGUGGCUAUGGCCUAUGGCCGCCCUGAACCUCCAGUGGGAUACAGCUACUCCGCUCCCAGAGGUCACUCAGGAAGCUUCAGCUCUUCCUCUAUCAGCGGCGGACACAGAACUGUUGCUAUUGGUGGUCAUUCUGGAUCCCUAGGUGGCCUUUCUGGAGGCAGCAUUUCCCUUGGCGGCGGACACUCUUCUGAUGGACUCGGUCUCGGUGGUGGACUCGCCCUUGGCGGCGGCAGCGGUUUGAGCUUCGGAGGUGAUGCUGGAUUCGGUGGCGGAUAUGCGGGUGGAUACUCUGGUGCUCCUCUUGUACAGAAACACAUCUAUGUUCACGUACCUCCCCCAGAACCAGUUGAGCAAAGACUUCCUCGUAUCCCUGCUGUGGCUCCACCCCAGAAACAUUACAAGAUCAUCUUCAUCAAGGCCCCAACUCCUCCCACUCCUACUGCCCCCAUAAUUCCUAUCCAACCACAAAACGAAGAGAAGACACUCGUAUAUGUGCUGGUUAAGAAGCCUGAAGAGCAGCCUGAUAUUAUUAUCCCAACUCCAGCACCCACUCAGCCCUCAAAACCGGAAGUUUACUUCAUCAAAUAUCAAACCCAAAAGGAAUCUGGUGGUGCUAUUGGCGGAGGCCUUGGCGGUGGACUCGGCGGAGGACUCGGCGGAGGACUUGGCGGCGGACUCGGCGGUGGUAUUGAUGGUGGUAUCAGUGGUGGUGAUCUCGGCUCUGGUGGCAUCAGCGGCGGUUCCAUCGGAGGUGGCGAUCUCGGAGCUGGCCAUGGCGGAGCUGAAAUUAGCGGCGAUUUUGGUGCGACUGGCGGAGAUGAGACCAUUGUUGAAGGAGGUCACGGUGGAGCUACCAGCACUCAAUAUGGUCCUCCCGGACACGUCGCUGGUCCCCUUCAUUAAAAGAAAAACAGUCUUUUAAGCUUUGGUGGUAGUACAAAAUAUCUAUUUAUUUCUGAGUUAAAGCCGAACAAAGCAAUUGAUUAACGUCAUCGUCGAAAAUUGUGUUUCCUACCACCAUUUGCUUGCUGGUUGCGGUUGAGCGGCUUGUAAAUAGUCAUCUGCCUCCACGUUCAGCCGUAAGCUGUCAUUGUAUCAUGGCGUGGCCUAAAAGUAUUCGUUUCAUCGUCGCUAUUCAUUCCUACUUGUUAUUAGUGCACAGUGUUAGUGUUAUUCGAAAGGAGGUAUUUUGCUGCUACUGUUAUGUUAUGUAUAAAUAUAGCUUUUUUUUACUUUUAUAA